CCCAUUUCACUUCUUUUCCGCCGUUACAACUUCCACGACUAACUCCCUCCCCGCCCACCACAGCCCAGGGACCAUAAGAACGCCAUUCUCAAACAAUAUUAGGAAACACCACUAUCCGCUGUUUUCUUCUCUCCUGGAAUUUGGGUCGAGGUGGAGGUCCAUCCCCAUUCGUAACACCACCAGUCGGUAUAUGCGUCUUGAGAAACUCAAAACAGCGAACUGCGCAUAGUAUAAGAACGCUUGUAAUCUCCCGCUCUUUUUAAAUUCCUUGCCUCAGCCAUAAAUUUACAGCACAGGCAGUCCAACUUGGACAUUUUGGUGUCGCCCUCUUGCAGAUAAUUCGAUAUACUAGCCCUUGUACUUGACAACCAGAUUUGGUCUAUCAUCUUAACCCCUUUUCAGUGAUUUUCAGGAUAAGCAACGCCGCAUCCACAAUGCCCGAUACGCGUCCAUCUACUCCUCCUCCUUCCUCUUCGGCCCGAGGUUCACGCGCUCCUCAACCUUCCCCAUAUCUAAAUGUACCAACGACAGCUCGGAUGCGCCAUCCCGCCGCACCUUCUCCUCUGUCCAAAUGCGACCCGACGCUCGAAAACCCGAGAUCCAUUAGUGCGAUGUCGUCCCCCGACCAAAAGUCACUUGCGGCACCUUCCACUUCUGCUCUGGCUAUCCCUGAGGCAUCACCUUGCUUUAUUCAUUCACAUUUGGACAGACAUGGCUCCCUUCAGGAUUGGUUGAAGAAUAAAAGCGUGAAUAAUAGGACACAUUUUGUGCCCGAUUCACCCACUUCUUCGAAAGCUCGCUCAAGUCACGGACAGCACCAUCACAAUAAUACUACUGAACCAGUUCUCCAAUCCGACGUCCCAUUUCCAUCCCAUAAUAAUCAAGAAAAUAUAUCUUCGCCUCCUUCCGCGUCUCAACCAUCCAGUCCCAGAGACAAUGCGUCUCAUGUUACUCUUUCCCGUAAGGGACCACUGUUCAAUGGCUACGAAUCUGAUCAAUCGAGCGUGAACGAAUAUGGGACAAGGACGCCUAACUUGUUGGCCGCGAGUGGUCUACUAGGUGAUGGGUUACUGGAGGGCGACGAAGAAGGAAAUGGGAGUCUAACGAAGCAAUUGGCGGAAACUGCCCAGGGUGUCAGAGAAAUGAGCAAAGAACUUGGCCGUACCAAGGUUCGCUCUCGAAUCCAAAACGUUCUUAUAGUGACGAAAGCCCGUGACAAUCGGUUAAUUAAACUCACUCGCGAGCUCGCCCUAUAUCUCAUGCAAAAACGCCCAACGGCUUCACCAGACGGGAGCAGUAGUCGUCACGGUAAUGGAACUCGUGGCCGAGGCUUAGUCGUUUAUGUCGAUGCUCAAUUGCAGACAUCGAAGCGAUUUGAUGCUGCAGGGCUUCAGCGCGAAUAUCCUCACCUUUUUGUACCGAUGGCGAGACAGCGAUCUUCUUCAUCCGCGUCUGUCAACACCUUAUCCCAUAUCUCAGCAUUCUCAUCAACAACUAGUAUGGGUGAGGCCGCCAAGCAGGCAACUAACGGCGAAGGACAAUUGAGGUACUGGACUAGCGAACUUUGUUCGGCUACUCCGCAUUUAUUUGACUUUGUCAUCACUCUUGGUGGUGAUGGUACCGUGCUUUUCACGUCUUGGUUAUUCCAACGAAUCGUUCCUCCAGUCCUUCCCUUUGCCCUUGGAUCUUUGGGUUUCCUCACGAACUUUGAUUUCUAUGGAUACAAGGAAACCAUCGACAAAGUCGUAGACGAGGGCAUUCGUGUGAAUCUGCGCAUGCGAUUCACUUGCACUGUCUAUCGAGCUGUAGCAUCAGGAGAUAUUACUGUUUCCAAAGGCAAAAAACGGAAGGCAAUCAAGAAGCGGGGGGGGGAGAUUCUGAUGAGCCGUGUGGAUAAAGGAGGAUGGGAAAGCUUGGAGGGACCUACACCAGCUGCAUCGCCCUCGGACUUUGAGGGUGAAGACAAGGAAAUCAUGUGUUAUUCAACCCGCCCUGUGGAGCAAUUUGAGGUGUUAAAUGACUUAGUGGUUGACAGAGGGCCCAGCCCUUACGUUAGCUUGUUAGAACUGUUCGGUGAUGAGCAUCAUCUCACAACUGUGCAGGCCGACGGCCUUACUGUUUCUACUCCCACAGGGUCUACGGCUUACUCGUUAUCUGCUGGAGGUUCACUUGCUCAUCCGCAGAUCCCUGCUAUUCUCAUCACACCCAUCUGCCCCCAUACUCUUUCUUUUCGACCUAUGCUGCUACCGGACAGCAUGGAGUUGAGAGUAUGUGUUCCAUACAACUCUAGAAGUACUGCUUGGGCUAGUUUUGAUGGUAGAGGCCGGGUGGAGCUCAAACAGGGUGAUCACAUAAAAGUUACUGCAUCAAAAUACCCCUUUCCCACUGUCUGUGCUGACAAAGCCUCUACUGACUGGUUUUCGUCCAUCUCCCGCACUUUGCGAUGGAACGAGCGUGAGAAACAAAAAUCCUUCGUGGUUGUGGAGGAAGCUAGCGAUCCUCCGGAGAGGUCAAGAGACAGGAAGGAAGAUGCGAAAGCGGGCUUGUUUGAAGAGGGUCGAGCCAAACAAAAAUUUGAGAAGGAUGCAAAUGCUCGCGGGGAUCUGGUGGAGAGUGAGGACGAAGAGGACGACGAAGAGAUAUUUGAUAUUGACGAUAAAUCUGGACCAUCAUCGCCUCCUGUACAGCAACAGCAGCAGCCAACCAAAAAUGAGAUGUUCCCACAUCAACUCCAUUAUCUUCUCUCAUCCCAUCAAAAUGGGCUAGAAACGCCGAACCGAUUUGUUACGCCGUAUUCAGCUCCUCCUGCACUAUCACAGAGACACCUCGUGGAGGCUAUCCACAAAGCUAAGAUUGACGAAAAGGAGAACGAAAAAGGACAGCGUGAUAGUACACGGGAAAGCCCGAGUGCAUUACGAGUAGACAGAUCUAGACAUCUCAGCCAGUUAGGGAGGACAGUUUCGCAGAGUACAGAAGAAACUGAGGCCGAAGGAGUCGAGCGGGAAGAGGAGAAGUCGAGAAAGGAGGAGGAGACACCCAAACAUGGACAACAACAACGCCAUCAUCAUCAUCACCACCAUCAUCAUCAUCAUGGACAUAAGCCGAAACGUACACCCUCGAACUUGGCUGAAAAGGUGGCUGAUUGUAAAGCUAAGGCAUUUGCAUUUUUUGGACAGGAUGACUCGGCUUCCGAUUGCAGUGGUUCGGAGGAAUAGGUUUCUGCAGAUUGUACAAUCGCUUGUGUGUAAUAACAUUGGAUCAUGGUCUGUCGAUUGCUACCUGGUCGGUCUUGUGAAUGCAGUACACCAUUUGAUAU